GCCCAGCUUCACUCUCUUUCAGCUGUGAGAGCCAAGAUUUUCUGGUCGCUUGGGCUUCAGCAGGAAGGGUCUUCCUCUACACUGUCCUGUUGCUGUGGCAGACAUGUCAGUACCCUUACACUCACUGCAAUUCAACAAUACAACGAGGGAGGAAAAUGUUGAGCCCCCAAACAAGCGGAUGGCCUUCUCUAGACCAAUGACAGAGACUAGAGCAGACGUCCAGAUUCUGCAUUCUCAUAUACAGUUGCCUGUAGUCUCGACUUCAGCCUCAGAUCCUGGAGGGACAUCCAUACAGUUGAUGACAUCUCCAGCCUUUGACACCAUGUCUGCACCUCUAAUGGGAGUAACAAACUCUGGAGCCUCGUCCCCACCCUUAAUGCCAACCUCAGACUCUGGGGAACUUUCCCCAUUGCUAAUGCCAGUCUCAGACCCCGGGGCACUGUCCCCAUUGCUAAUGCCAGCCCUAGAUUCUGAAACAUUGUCCCCACUGCUGUCUACUUCAGAGUAUGGGUUAAUGUCCCCAGAGAUGAUGACAAUUCCUGACUUUGGAACAAUAUCCACAUCACUAACGGUAGCACCAGAUUCUGCAGAGGUAUCACCAUUGGCAGUGCCAACUCCAUCCUCUGGAGCGGUGUCUACACCUAUAAUGAGCACUUCAUCCUCUGAGGCAAUGUCCACACCAUUAAUGCUAGCCCCAGAUUCUGGAGAGAUAUCCCCAAUCCUAAUGCCAGAUAUGAAUCCUGGAGUGAUGUCUACACAGCCAAUGCCAGCUCCCAGCUCUGAGGAAAUGUCCCCAUUGCAAAUUACAGAUGAAGAUACUGAAGCAAUGUCCAAAGUACUAAUGACUGCCUUAGCCACUGGAGAGAUAUCUUCGCUGCUAAUGUCAGGCACAGACUCUGAAGCGAUAUCCUCACUGAUAAUGUCAGCCCUGGCUUCUGAAGGAACAUCAACCCAGGAAACAAGCAUCCAAAACUCUGGGGGAAUAUCUACCCCACUCAUGUCAGACCCACAUGCUGGAGUACUGUCUUCACUUUUAAUGUUAGCUCCAGACUCUGAAGUAAUGUCCACACCGCUACCGUCAGUCCCAGAUGCUGGAGAAAUGUCCAUAUUACCAAAACCAGCUCCAGAUGCUGAAGCAAUGUCCCCAGCAGUCAUGAUGGCCCUACCUUCUGGAGUGAUGCCCACCCAGAUUAUGUCAGUCCAAGGCUCUGGAGUGAUGUUUCCAUGGUCAACACAAAAUCUAGACUCUGAAAUCAUGUCUACUCUGCCACUGAGAGGUACAGCCUCUGGGAUGAUGUCUGCACCACCAGUAAGAGCUUCAGAUUCCGGAGCAAUGUCCACACCGCUAAUGGGAGCCCCAGCCUCUGGAAAUAUGUCUGCAUUGCAAAAGACAGUUCCAGUUUCUGGAGCCAUGACCACCCCACUGAUGACAGUCACAAGCUCUGGAGUGAUGUCCACAGAGCAGAUGUCAGCCAAAGCCUCUAGAGUAAGAUCCACACAGUUAACGAUGUCCAAAACUUCUAGAGCAAGGCCAAAACGCUCUGUGAAAGCCACGGCCAAACAGCGUGCGAGAGCCUCAGCCUCUAGAAAGAUGUCCACGCCACUGAGGAGAGCUCCAGCAUCUGGAGCAAUGCCCACCCAGUCAAUUAUGGCCACAGCCUCUGAAACAAUGUCUACGCCACAAAUGAGAACCACGGCCUCAGGACUGACAUCUGCACCACAAAUGAAAGCCAUGACUUCUGGAGCAAUGUCCACCCCACUAAUGACAGCCCAAACCUCUGGAUCAACAUCCACACUGUUAAUGAGAGAUGCAGCCCCAGGUAUGAUGCCCUGUCCACAAAUGAGAGCUCUGGACUCUGGAGCAUUGUCCCAGCCACUAAUGACACCCCAAGCCUCUGGAACAAUGUUAAUGGAACAAAUGACAACCACAACUUCUGGAGCAGUGUCCACACUGCUAAUGAGAGACACAGCUUCUGGAGCUCUGUCCAUGCCGCAAAUGACAUACACAGCCUCUGGAGGGAUGUCUUCACUGCUAAUGAGAGAUGCAGCUUCUGGAGCAAUGUCCACAUCACAAAUGACAGACACAGUUUCUGGAGGGAUGUCCAUGCCACUAAUGGGAGCUCAAGACCCAGGAGAAAUACCUGCAUCACUAAUGAGAGCCACAGCUUCUGGAAAGAUGCCCAGCCAGCCAGCGAGCACCCAAGAUCCUGGAGGAAUGUCCAUGUCGUCCAUGAGAUCCGUGACUACUGCAGGUAUGCAGAUGAGUGCCCCAACCUCUGAUAUGAUGUCCACACCAACAAGGAGAGCUUGGACCUCUGAAACAAUGUCCACACCACUAAUGAGAACCUCAGGCUCUGGAGAGAGGCCCUCACUGCUCACAAGGGCUUCAUCCUCCGGAGAGAUGUCCCUACCACUAAUGAGAGCUCCAGCUUCUGGAGAGAUAGCCACACCUCUGAGAGCCCCAGCCUAUGGAGCCAUGUCUGCUCCACAAAUGACAGCCACAGCCUCUGGAAUGAUGUCCAUGCCACAAGUGAAUGCUCCCAUCUCUGGAGCAAUGUCCAUGCCGCUAAUGAGAUCCACAGCCUCUGGAGGGAUGUCCAUGCCACUGAUGAGAGCCCCAGACUCUGGAGUGACAUCUGCACCACAAAUGAUGCCCACAGCUUCUGGAGACAUGUGCACACUACCAGUGAGAGCCCCAGCCUCUGUAGGGCUGUCCCCACCACUAGUAAGAGCUCCAGCCUCUGGAACUAUGUUCACACCAUUAAGGAGACCCUCAGCCUGUGAAGCUGUGUCCACAGAGUUAAUGAGAACUUCAGCCUCUGGACAUAUGUCCACUGCACAAACAACAGCCAUGGUCUCUGGAGGGAUGUCCAAGCCAUUAAUGAGAGCCCCAGCCUCUGAAACAAUGCCCAUGCCUUUGAUGUCAUCCAUGGCUCCCAAAGAGAUGUCUAUGCCACUAAUGGAAACCAUGGCUUCUGGAGCAAUGUCCACUUUGCAAUCCAGUGUUGCAAACUCUAGAUCUAUGUCCAUGCCACAAACAACAUACACAGUGUCUGGAGGAAUGGCCACAGCGCCAAUCAGAGCCUCUGCUUCUGGAGCAAUGUCCACAUCAUUUAUGAGAGCCUCAGUUUCUGGAAUGAUGUCCGUGCCAUUACCGAGAGCCACAGCCUCUGGAUGUGGCAUGGGGGUGUCCAUGCCACAAAUGACAGCCACAGAUUCUAGAGGGAUGUCCACACCACUAAUGAGGGCCCCAGGCCCUGGAAUAAUGUCCACCCCACAGACAGCCUUUGGAGUGAUGCCCACUCUGGAAAUCAAAGCCAAAGACUCUGGAGAGGCAUCCACUUCUCACAUUAACAUCACAGCCUCUGGAUCAAAGCCCAGACCACACAUGACUGCCACAAUUCCUGAAACUACAAACUCACCACGAGAGGAAGUGCCAUCCUUCGGAAUGUUGACUCCAGCACUCUGUUACCUCUUAGAAGAGCAGGAAGCAGCCCGGGGCUCAUGCCCUGUGGAGGAAGAGAUGGAGAUUGAUGAGGAGAAGCAAAUGAAAGGGUUUUUGGAUGAUUCUGAGAGAAUGGCAUUUCUGGUGUCACUUCAUCUGGGAGCACCAGAGAGGUGGUUCAUCUUGCAGAUGGAGGUAGGACACCCCCUCUCAGAUGAAAAUAAAUCUUUCCUGAGAAGAUCCCAGGGCUUAUAUGACUCCCUAUCUGAGAUAGACGUUCUCAGUGCUGUUCUUUGCCAUCCCAAACAGGGCCAAAAGUCAGUCAGGCAGUAUGCCACUGACUUCCUGCUGCUGGCCCGACAUUUAUCUUGGUCUGAUGCCAUUCUACGGACCAGGUUUCUGGAAGGACUGUCAGAAGCUGUUACCACCAAAAUGGGUCGGAUCUUCCUGAAGGUGGCUGGCAGCCUAAAGGAGCUGAUAGACAGGUCUCUCUACACCGAGUGCCAGCUGGCAGAAGAGAAGGAUUACCCGGGCAACUCAAGCCAGGUCCUGCCAACAGCCUGUAAGCGGAAUAAUGAGGAGGCCACAGAGAAUGAAUUGAGCUCUCAGCAGCAGACUGAGGAGCACCAGCAUGUACCCAAACGUUGUUACUACCUGAAAGAGCAUGAAGACCCCCAAGAAGGUCUUCAUGACCACCUUGGACAGAGCACAGGCCAUCAUCAGAAGGCCCAUACCAACAAGUAAAACUCCAUGGAAUCUUCUCCUGUGAUAUCUGACUCGGCUGCUAACUGGAGGAGGACUGGUUCCUGGACCC